CACCAACUUCUGCAUACACCUGCACCCUCAACAAGUCUCUGCAUUAAAACCCCUCCACCCAAUUCCAGCCAACUACCAUGCGCUUCGCCUCCAUUACCUUCAUUGCCUGCGCCGUCCUCAUCGCUUCGCCCGAUAUCGCCAUGGGCGCCUCUACUGGCUCCAAGGGAUCGGCUGUUGGUUCCAAGGGAACAACAGGCAAGGCCAAUCGGCAGCACCCACCGCGCCCGCGACUAAGGCCACCGCGUCGCACACGGCCACCUCAACCUAGCGCCGCACCUACCUCAACCAACCUGACGCACGACAAGUGUCCAACCAGCGUCCGCUCGUGCUCCAAGCAGACCAAGACCACCGAUUACUGCUGCUUCGAAGAGAACGGCCAGUAUGUCCUGUCACAGCAAUGGACCAAGGGCCUGGGGACCGACGACUACUUUACUAUUCACGGCAUGUGGCCGAACACCUGUGCGGGUACGCUGACUCCUAGAUCCGGAUGCGAUAAUUCACGGGUGUACACUGACGUGAAGGCGCGGAUCCAGAAAUUGAAGCCUGCACUGGUGACUGACAUGACAAAGUACUGGCCGUCGAAGGGCAACCCCAAUGAUGUGUUCUGGAACCACGAGUGGAAGACGCACGGUACCUGUGUGAGUACCCUGCGCCCGCAGUGCUACAAGUCGUACACCGAGGACCAGGACAUCGUCGACUACUUCACCAAUGCCAUGAACCUGCACAAGAAGUACGACUAUGCUGCUGCCCUGAAGAAGCACAGCAUUGUGCCGGACAACACGAACCUUGUCAAGGCUGCCGACUUCAAGAAGGCUAUCAACACUGAGCAUGGCGUCAAUGUCGUGCUCAAGUGCAAGACUAACCCUGCCACCAAGGUCAGCGAACUCAACGAGGAUCUGAACACUUACAUUGCGAUUCAGCCGGGUAGCAGGGACACAUGCCCCACGCAAUUCCUGUACUUUAAGAAGUAG